UCCGUCUUCAACCUCCAAUAACACCAUCGUGGACCUGUUUCCCUCCGAGAAAUUGCACGAACAUGGAAACAUCUGCUGAAAAAUAGCUUAACCCUGCAAAACAACAUAUAAAUGAGGAGAUUCUCUUCCAAAACGCUAUGUCUUAUCGCCAGACAACGCCAUCUCUCACUUUCCUCCUAUCCAAACACGUACCACUUUCACAUCCUUCCCGACAACAACAACAACAACAACAACAGCAACAGCCUUAACCUUCUCUCAAGCAAUUCAAAAUCUGGAUUCGGUUUAGUUACCCUCGAAACCAAGCAACCCACUCUUAAAUCCGACAACGACCAACAGACCGACGACUUUGCUUCCGACGUCGAAAAAAUCUACAGAAUCCUCCGAAAAUUCCACACUCGAGUCCCGAAACUUAACCUCGCGUUACAACAAUCUGGCGUCGUUUUCCGUCCCGGUUUAACCGAACGCGUUUUGAACCGUUGCGGCGACGCAGGUAAUUUAGGUUACAAGUUCUUCACUUGGGCAUCGAAACAACCCGGAUAUCACCCAAGCUAUGAAAUUUACAAGGCAAUGAUUAAAAUCUUAGGCAAAAUGAGACAAUUCGGCGCCGUGUGGGCAUUAAUUGAAGAAAUCAAAAGGGAAAAUCCCCAUUUCAUUACGGCGGAAUUAUUUAUCCUCUUGAUAAGGAGGUUUGCUUCUUCAAGAAUGGUGAAAAAAGCUAUUGAAGUGUUCGAUGAAAUGCCAAAGUACGGUUGCCCACAAGACGACGCCGUGUUUGGCUCUUUAUUAGAUGCAUUAUGUAAAAAUGGGAAUGUAAAAGAAGCGGCUUUGGUUUUUGAGGAAAUGAGGGUGAGAUUUCUGCCUAAUUUAAAGCAUUUUACUUCGUUGUUGUAUGGUUGGUGUAAAGAAGGGAGGAUUUUGGAAGCUAAACAUGUGUUGGUUCAAAUGAAGGAAGCCGGUUUCGAGUCUGAUAUUGUAGUUUUUAACAAUCUGUUAAGUGGGUACGUUUUGGGAAACAAAAUGGGGGAUGCUUUUGAUUUGUUGAAAGAAAUGAGGAAGAAAGGGAUUGACCCAAAUGCGAAUUCGUAUACUAUUGUGAUUCAAGGGCUUUGCAAGGCUGAUAGAAUGGAGGAAGCAAUGAGGGUUUUUGUUGACAUGGAGAGAGAUGGUUGUCGAGGUGAUGUUGUGGUUUAUACAACCUUGAUAAGUGGGUUUUGUAAGUGGGGAAGGGUUGAGAAAGGUUAUGAGGUGUUGGAUAGGAUGAUAUCGGAAGGGCUUAUGCCGAAUUCAUUGACUUAUUUGCAUAUUAUGUUGGCUCAUGAGAAGAAGGAUGAGUUAGAAGAGUGUUUGGAGUUGAUGGAGGAGAUGAGGAAGAUUGGUUGUGUUCCUGAUGGUGGUAUUUAUAAUGUGGUUGUUCGAUUAGCUUGUAAGUUGGAGGAAGUGAAAGAAGCUGCUCGUGUUUGGAAUGAGAUGGAAGGAAGGGGAUUUAGUCCUGGGGUUGAUAAUUUUAUUGUUAUGAUACAUGGAUUUAUUGGGCAAGGGUGUUUGGUUGAAGCCUGUGAGUAUUUUAAAGAAAUGGCUGGAAGAGGUCUUUUUUGCGUUCCUCAAUAUGGGAUUUUGAAAGAUUUGUUGAAUUCUUUGUUGAGAGCUGAGAAGCUUGAAAUGGCGAAGAAUGUUUGGAGUUGUAUUGUUAGUAAGGGAUGCGAGCUUAAUGUGUCUGCAUGGACAAUAUGGGUUCACGCACUUUUCUCAAAGGGGCAUGUGAAGGAGGCAUGUUCUUAUUGUCUGGAAAUGAUGGAUGUGGACGUAAUGCCACAGCCAGAUACUUUUGCAAAGCUUAUGAGGGGUUUGAGGAAACUGUACAACAGGCAGAUCGCUGCAGAGAUUACAGAGAAGGUGAGGAAGAUGGCUGCAGAUAGAGAGAUCACUUUUAAGAUGUAUAAACGGCGGGGGCAGAGAGACUUGAAAGAAAAAGUGAAGGAAAAAGCAGAUGGUAGAAAGAGGAGGGCUCGUCGACGUCGGUGGGGUGGGGCCUGUAGUAGAGCUAACAUUUUGUAGUUUGAAAUCAAGGCCAUUUGUCAAGUAAGAGAACCCACUGCAGAAGUAUUGAUUAGAUUGCUUCUCAGGCAGUUAUGGAUUUGCAUUUGUUAUGCAUUGGAGAAGUGAGGAACUCUCUAUAUUCUUUAGAAGCACUCAGCUUGUUCUGCAGGAACUUGGAAGUCAUAUUUACUCCACAUGUUGAUGCAACUCUUUGACCAUUUUGCUGAGUUCCUACAUAAAUUGUGUUCAUGAAACAGCCCAGCAACGUGGCUCUGGCUUUGUAAACUAUCUUUCAUGAAUGUAGUCCUUGAAGAUGGAGCAAAAUGGUGUCUGCUUGAUUCUUCU